CUUCGCCUCGUAAGAAACGCAACAAUUCUACACCAACAAAGAAGAACGCAGCUGAGAAGAAACAAAUUCUUCAGCAACUCAUUAGUCCUGCAUCCGCGAACAAUCAUUCCAAGAAAAUAACAAUGGGUGAACUGAUCCAGAUGUCAGAGAAGAAAACUCUUAGUACAGUAGAAAGUGCGCCAGCUUUUGUAGAAUACGGCUUUGAUACAAAGGAUACGUCGUUUGCGAGUGAAGGAUCGUCUACGUCGACGUCUCCUUCCAUGCGACAAAUAUCGGAUCCUAAACUAGAGAAAAAAGUUACGUUUGCUAGAUUACUUAAUAAGGUUUCAGCAGAAAUGAGUUCAAGCUCGGACGUAGAUAUGGUGAAUACUAUCACUAUACCAAUGGCAGUUAUCAGUGAUAGAACGAUGAGAGCCAAGGCAUCAAGCACUCCUCCGUCGCCAGGAGUUGAAGUCAGAUCACCACACAGCACAUCCAGUAAUCAAGGAAGUGAUUCCAUGUCAAGCUUAGAUUUAACUUUGGCACAGGCUACUUUAAAAAAAUGUCCAAGGACAGCAAAAAUUUCGAGCGCAGAUUCCAUCUUAGCUAUGUUUCGAAAUUUCUCGUCAUCUGCUGCACUCACAUCUAGGGCUUCAUCGGGUGGGAUAUCCAUUUCUAGCACACCGACUGCGUCAUCACCACAGGAUGAUACGCUGGAUGCUGACGAUGUAUCCAUAUCUUCAUCACAUAUACCAUCACUUGCUCCAGAUUCACCGAUAGCUCGACCACACAACACUAUUGAGAUUCAAGUUGUUGAUCCCCUUACCGCUCACAAGCCAACAUCAUCCAGCAACCUUCUCCACCCUCCGUCCAUCCUACUUGAAGUGCCAAGUUCGAUUAACAAGUGUCUAUCUCCAAUCCGGGAGCUCCCCACACCACUUCCUACUCCUUUACCAACUCCGUUGCACUCCCCGAGGAUGCCAAGGGCUAAAACAGAAACAAGUAAAAAGCGAGAAUCACCAAUAACCUGCGCUUCGCCCAGUGAAGACGAAUUAGAUGAAGAUAAAAUCGAACCGUAUCGGCCGCAUCCUGAGCUGAGACUAAAAUUACGACAACAAACACUGAGCACAGAUACUCCUACUCCGUCCACACACGUUACAGAUUCCCCAACCCCCAGCGUCACUCACAGUCAGGACUCCGAAAGGGAAAUGUCAUCGCCUUCUCCAGCACCAACUUCUUUAAGAGUUCCAGUCUUGACUAUAGAAAGACCAUCACCAGGCUCGCCUCCGCCCAGGAGAACACCUCCACAUCUCGAGUUCCAUGCACCUCCGCUAAUUACAGUUACUUAUAACGCUAGUGAAGAGUCGGAUGAGCCUCUGUCACCACGACCUCCGCAACAGUCUUCAAACAUGUGCUAUCUGAGUCCGUUUUCAAUGUCAGUAAGAGGAGAAAGAGCACCAUCAGAAUCAAACUUAUCAUCAUCGGGAUAUAGCUCAAUGGCUAGUCCAGGCCCAUCAAGAUGUGGAUCAAGUAACCCUCUAUGCCCUUCUGAAAUGGAAGAUCCAGGAUCUGGUGGAGGCCCAUCAUGUUUUCAAAGAAGACGGCCGCUAAUGAAAACCAAUUCAAGCCCGGCUGGAUCCGGCGAUGGAACCGAUGAACGAAGAAGAGGCAGAUCUGAUUCGGAAACUCUUUCAGAUGAUCCACUGUUGGAAUCCAAUGACGAAGGUAUAGGAACCGAUGAAAGAGUAGAUGACGUCCCAUCUAGUGCUAAAGAGUUAGAGACAUUGUCAAUUCUAAAGGAGGCUUUGGAUAUACCUCAACCGAACUUAUGCUCGUCGAGUGGAGUAACAAAAUGCUCUAUCGUAAAAUGCAUAAGUGUGGAACGUGGUCUGGAUGAAAGACCUUCGUUGCGACCACCAAUCCUGUUCUCUGAUUGCAGCCGUCCAUUGAGUCCAGUGAGUUCAAGAAGCGAAAGUCCCUUGAGCGAUAAAACUGGUCUAGGAAGGUUCUCGCCACAAUCUUACGGCAGAUUGCCUUUCACUGAUUCUGACGGACUUUACGACUUUCCAAGUACAGAAAGCGUGAAGGGUGGGAACUGUAAGAGCAGUAGCUCGCACAGAAAGGCUGGUCGACGGAGAGAUAAGAAAACUGCGAGGGCCAUAUCACAUGAAUCUAGUGGUGGUGCUAAGUCUACACUGCCACACAUGCCGCAUUCAAUGCAUAAUUUAUUAGAGGUACCUUGUUAUAACCGCUGCCGAAAGGCCGGAAGGAAAAGAUCCCGCUCCCAGGUCCACAAUCUUGCCUCGUCAUCAUCAUCCGAAGAGUCUGUAUCCAACGCAUCGGUAAACUCGGUAGCAUCAGCAAGAGAACUGAGACUACCAGACCUUGAUAUGCAGGAUACGUCCUCUAAGAUAUCGUCAAAUUUGGAUCUCACAGAAGAUUCUCGGAAGCCGCUCAAAGUUAACAAAUUGAGGACCAUCAGUAAUCAAAUUAGAUUCCUACGCCGACUCGAGAGAAGUUUGAAAAUGAAACAGAGCUGUCGUGAGAUAUCUGAUGAUGAAGGUGAUGAAUCAUCCAGUGUCACGUCACCGUUACUGCAAGGCCGAAAGGAUCUAAACAGGAUGUCGGGCCAUGCGAUAUCCGCCCCUAUAUUGAGUGCAGCACGACCAAAAAUGACGAGGCAACGACGAUACGAUAAGUCAUUAGUUCACGACGAAACAAGGACGUUAAGUGCUCUUGGUCAUGAUAAUUCCGAUUGAUUUAUUUCGUAUUUGAAGUGGUUUAUUUUAUUCGAACUUGUGAAGAACAAUAUUUGGAAUCUAGACUAAUGUCGUAAUAAUAACCUAUUCUCUGAUUCUCAUUUACCCCUGCGGUAAUAGUUUUUUAUGUGCAAGUACUUCUGUUACGAAAAGGAAUAUAUACACUGACCUAUAUUUUAAAUCACUGGACUUGCGGCUGCCAAAGUGCUUUUGUGCCUGUUUGAUAUUCGCCAUUUUGGCGCUGUUGUCCAUGUAGCGAGAGUCUGCGGUACUAAAACUAGUGAUGACAACCUAGUGGACAACAUAGAUAGUGGGAAACUAUUUACAAAAAACAUAUGUACUUUAUUACGUUGAUUCUUGUAUAAAGUAUAAAUAGCACGGAAAACGAUCAAAAUAAAUUCAAAAUGUAAAAAUACUUCAGAGUAUUGUACGUUCCUUUGCAGCCAUUUGUAUUAUACGUCAAAAUUAGUUCUCUGGACGCUCGCGAGUGGCGCUUCAAAUAGGCACAAAAAAUUUGCUGUCAAACGUAUGGAACAGCCUGUCCAGUGGUAUUCAAACAGGCCAGGGAAUAUAUUUUUCCAAUAAACCGCCCUCACCAUUGAAAAAUACACGAAAAAUUUGAUAUUCGAGUUCAAAUUUACAAAAAUUCUAAGCUAAUGUGAUAAUA